GCGCUCCCACGCCGCCCCGCCGCGCCUGUCCCCCGCGCCGCCGGGAGCCGCCACCUGCGCGCCGGGCGCGGGCUGCGGGGCCAGCGGCGGCCAGGAGCCGGGCGGGCAGCGGAGGAUGCCGGAGACCGGGCAGGAGCCACCCAGCGCCCCUCCGCCGCCCCCCAAGGAGUCCUUCUACAUCAAGAACCUGCUCAACGGCGGCCCCCCCAAGGCGCCCCCCAAGCAGCCGCGGGCGCUGUUCGCCCCCUCGGGCAAGGCGGCGGUGGACGGCGCCGGCUUCGCCCUCUCGCAGGUGGGAGACCUCGCCUUCCCCCGCUUCGAGAUCCCGGCGCCGCGCUUCGCCCUGAGCGCCCACUGCCUGGAGCGCGCCCAGACCUGGUGGUACCCCUACGCCCUGACGCCGGCCGGAGCGCACCUGCCCCGCACGGAAGCCGCAGAGAAAUCCCUGCUGAGGGACUCGUCCCCCGCCUCGGGCACCGACCGGGACUCCCCGGAGCCGCUGCUGAAGGCGGAGGGGGAGCAGAAGGAGCUGGACUCCAAGAGCCCCGACGAGAUCGUCCUGGAGGAGAGCGACUCGGAGGAGGCCAAGAAGGAGGGCGGCGCGGAGGACUGGAAGAAGCGGGAGGAGAGCCCCGAGAAGAAGCCGUGCCGCAAGAAGAAGACGCGCACGGUGUUCAGCCGCUCGCAGGUCUUCCAGCUGGAGUCCACCUUCGACAUGAAGCGCUACCUGAGCAGCUCGGAGCGCGCCGGCCUGGCCGCCUCGCUGCACCUGACAGAGACCCAGGUGAAGAUUUGGUUCCAGAACCGCCGCAACAAGUGGAAGCGGCAGCUGGCGGCCGAGCUGGAGGCGGCCAACCUGAGCCACGCCGCGGCGCAGCGCAUCGUCCGCGUCCCCAUCCUCUACCACGAGAACUCGGGCGCGGAGGGGGGCGCGGGGGGCGGCGGAGCCCCCGGCACGCAGCCCCUGCUCACCUUCCCUCAACCCGUCUACUACUCCCACCCCGUGGUGACCUCCGUGCCGCUCCUGCGGCCCGUGUGAGCCCGGCCGCCGCGGCGCGGAGGGGCGCGGAGAGGCGCGCAAGCCACCGGCCCGCCUGUAAGUACUGCAGCCCCUCGGCCGGCCGGCUCUGCGGGGACACCAUGCGGGGCUGGGGGGACCCGCGGAGCGCGGUGGGAGGAGGAAAGUCGCGGAAAUUUAGGGGGAAAAAUCAAAAAAGAAAUGAAUAAAAGGAAAAAAUUGUGGGGAGGGAGGGAAACGAAAACGAGGAAAAUGAAAGCGCGGGGCUUGUAGAGAACCCUGGAGCUGUCACACCUUUUGUAAACGUGGAUGAAAACCGCGAUGGUCUCUCUGUGGCUUUAGUUUUAUUUUUGUAAAAAAAAAUUAAAAGAAAAAAAGAAAGAAAAAAGGAAAAAAAAAAAAAGAAAAAAGAAAAAAAAAAAGGGGGGUGGGAAAGGAUAGUAAUAAAAUAAAUGAAUGGUCCCAGGCCACUCCUCGAGAUUUGCCAAACGCUAAUGGGAAGCUGAAUUCCUUUCGGACCUCUCCUUCUGCCUCCAAACAAUUGUUCAGGCUCCUGAUCCUGUCGUGACUGAAACUUCAUCGACCACGGCUUUUCAUUUAAGCAGACCUUUGCCUCUUUGCUUGCCCACGUUUUGUACCUUUCGGUUUCUGUCGUGAGACUUUCACGAGCAAGAAAUACAGCCUCAAAGUGAACGGUUAAAUACACUCGCACGCUUUGAGUGACCCUUAU